AUGAAAAACGUUAAAACUUUUUUGGCAGGUCAAUGUGGUAAUCAAAUUGGAGCAAAGUUUUGGGAGGUUAUCUCGGAUGAACAUGGGAUAGAUCUAUAUGGCCGGUACGAAGGAGAUUCCGAGCUGCAACUUGAAAGAAAUAAAGCUAUUCUUAUUGACUUAGAGCCUGGUACAAUGGAUUCCGUACGUUCAGGCUUGUUCGGUCAAAUUUUCAGGCCGGAUAAUUUUGUUUUUGGUCAUAGUGGAGCAGGUAAUAACUGGGCAAAAGGACAUUACACCGAAGGAGCCGAAUUAGUCGAUUCGGUUAUGGAUGUCGUUAGAAAAGAAGCAGAGGGAUGUGAUUGUCUUCAAGGAUUUCAACUAACUCAUUCUCUCGGUGGUGGUACCGGAUCGGGACUCGGUACUUUAUUAAUAUCGAAAAUAAGAGAAGAAUACCCGGAUAGAAUCAUGAACACUUUCAGUGUCGUCCCUUCACCAAAGGUGUCUGAUACAGUGGUAGAACCAUAUAAUGCAACACUUUCCAUUCAUCAAUUAGUAGAGCACACCGAUGAAACCUAUUGUAUCGAUAAUGAAGCGUUGUACGACAUUUGUUACAGAACAUUAAAAAUUACUCCAACUUAUGGAGAUCUUAAUCAUCUUGUAUCUUCCACCAUGUCAGGUGUAACAACUUGUUUAAGGUUUCCAGGACAAUUAAACGCUGAUUUGCGUAAGCUCGCCGUAAAUAUGGUGCCAUUUCCAAGGUUACACUUUUUUAUGCCUGGUUUUGCACCAUUAACUUCCAGAGGUUGUCAACAAUAUCGUGCACUAACUGUUCCCGAAUUAACUCAGCAAAUGUUUGACGCAAAGAACAUGAUGGCUGCUUGCGAUCCCAGACACGGACGUUAUUUAACCGUUGCUGCUAUAUUUAGAGGAAGAAUGUCUAUGAAAGAAGUCGACGAACAAAUGCUUAAUAUUCAAAAUAAAAAUAGUAGCUAUUUUGUGGAAUGGAUACCAAAUAAUGUUAAGACAGCUGUAUGUGAUAUCCCUCCACGUGGAUUGAAAAUGUCUGCAACUUUUAUUGGAAAUUCUACCUCAAUUCAAGAACUUUUCAAGAGGGUAUCUGAACAAUUUUCUGCCAUGUUUAAAAGAAAAGCUUUUCUUCACUGUGAAGCGGAAGAAAAUUUAUCGGAUUUGGUUUCAGAAUAUCAACAGUAUCAAGAAGCAGCGGUAGAUGAUGAUGAAGAUUGUGAAGAGGGCGAGGGUGACGAAGAAGAAGUAAAUGAAGAUGAUGAGGAAACUCCUGAAAACUAA